AUGGCCCCAAACAACCCCCUCCUCGCCGCCACCGGCGAAUGUCUCAUCGUCAGUUUCGGCGAGAUGCUCAUCGACUUUGUCCCCACCGCCUCCGGCGUCUCCCUUGCCGAGGCUCCCGGUUUCCUCAAAGCCCCCGGAGGCGCACCAGCUAACGUCGCGAUCGCCGUCUCCAGACUCGGCGGUAAAUCCGCCUUCGUCGGAAAACUAGGCGAUGACGAAUUCGGUCACAUGCUCGCCGGGAUCUUGAAGGAGAACAACGUCAGAGCCGACGGCAUAAACUUCGAUAAAGGCGCUCGCACUGCACUCGCUUUCGUCACCCUACGCGCCGACGGAGAACGCGAGUUCAUGUUCUACAGAAACCCUAGCGCCGAUAUGCUUCUCACACCAGAAGAUCUCAAUCUUGAACUCAUUAGAUCUGCAAAAGUAUUCCAUUAUGGAUCAAUAAGUUUGAUCGUUGAGCCAUGCAGAUCAGCACAUCUGAAAGCAAUGGAAGUUGCCAAAGAAGCAGGGUGCUUACUCUCGUACGACCCAAACCUCCGGCUACCAUUGUGGCCCUCACCGGAGGAAGCCCGUAAGCAAAUACUCAGCAUAUGGGACCAGGCUGAUCUCAUCAAGGUCAGUGAUGUGGAGCUAGAAUUUUUAACAGGAAGUGAUAAAAUUGAUGAUGCUUCUGCUCUCUCUUUGUGGCACCCCAAUUUGAAGUUGCUUCUUGUAACUCUCGGUGAAAAUGGUUCCAGAUACUAUACCAAGAAUUUCAAGGGAUCGGUAGAUGCUUUCCAUGUUAACACUGUUGAUACAACUGGAGCUGGCGAUGCAUUUGUUGGAGCUCUCUUGGGAAAGAUUGUAGAUGAUCAAUCUAUACUUGAAGAUGAAGCAAGGUUAAGGGAAGUGCUUAAAUUUGCAAAUGCAUGUGGAGCAAUUACAACUACUAAAAAAGGAGCAAUUCCAGCUCUUCCCACAGAAGCUGAUGUCCUCAGCCUGAUUAAUAAGGCAUAG